AGUAUCUUCCUUUUUCCUGGCUCAUUGCUUCCUGUUUCAACAUCAGUGUUCAUAUAAAUGACUCCCCUGCCCACAGAGAAGGUGAGUCACUCGAGGCACAACACACUGAGGACAGCCAAGAUGAAAGUCCAAAACAUGACAUUCAAGGAGGGGCAGGAAUUUAAGAUUCGCCUUAAGCCCAAAGAUGAUUGCAAUAGCUUUGCGAUCAACAUUGGUCAUGACUCCGACAACAUUGCGAUGCACUUCAACCCUCGGUUUGACGCUGAAGGAGAAACCAACACCAUUGUCUUCAAUUCCCUGUCUGGUGGGUGCUGGGGCGAUGAGCAUCGGAUCCCAGACUUUCCCUUUGCACGUGGGGAGGAAUGCAAGUUUUACAUCAACUUCAACUAUGAGCAGUUCUACAUCAAACUUCCUGAUGGAACCAUGACCAACUUCCCCAAUCGUCUUGGAGAUGUCAAGUACCAGUUCUUCAGUGUCAGCGGUGAUGCAAAGAUUGUGGGAAUCAAGAUCAAGUAGAAGCUGAACUAAACCCUGAUGUGAAGCUUGUUCUCUCUCUGCUUGUUGUUGAAUGGAAAGAGACAUUCUAAACAUUGAGGCCAGACAUGAUUCGAUAUCUUUUGUCAAGCUUAAAAAAACCUUCCUUUGCAUAUAAACUGCAAUUGUUCUUAUUUUGUAAUAACAACAAACGGCCUAAAGAUGGAGCCACAACAUAUCUUACCACAUGGAAGGCUGAUAGCUCAUUAAUAACUUGUUUCCAAUAAAAGCUGAAUAAAUACAAGA